GAUUCUGACAACCGGUCGUUCACGCCGCGCAGCGACGAACGCGGAAGUACGUCGGAGCGAACCCUCUCGCUCCGCCCACACACUCUUCGACGCCAGGCUGACUCGUCGGCCGACAUUUUCGGCGCAGCAUCAUCAGCGCUGACGUGCAACUACGUGAGCGAAGGCACAGGCCGGCCACCCAUGCUGUAAUCAGUGACGAGUCACACUACGUAAAACUUCGGUGACUGAUCAUGGAUGCCUCAGUCUCGCCUCAGUUGGACAGCACAUUAAACGACUCGGUGGCGGAUGGAGAGGAGAAUCACAAUGAAGCCAGUCCGUCUUCUGUGGAUCCCCCUCAGGUGUCGGAGGCAGACGAGUCUCCCGGUGGGACCGUCGUCCAGCUGCCUGACGGUCAGACGGUCCAGGUCCAGGGAGUGAUCCAGGCCCCUCAGACCUCUGUCAUACAGUCGCCACAGGUCCAGACUGCCCAGAUCGCCACCAUGGCCGAGCUGGAGGAUGACGCGCCGGCGACAGACACCCAGAAGAGACGAGAGAUACUCUCCCGGCGUCCCUCUUAUCGAAAAAUACUCAAUGAGCUUUCAUCGGAUUCACCGGCAGUUCCCAAAAUCGAUGAAGAGAAGACGGAGGAGGAGGCGCCGGUGUCCAGCGCAGCCUCGGCGUCGGUGCCGACCUCCAUCUACCAGACCAGCUCGGGACAAUACAUCGCCUUCGCUCAGGGGAGAGCCAUCCAGCUGAGCAGCCCUGGAGCUGAAGCCCUGCAGGGGGCCCAGACCCUGACGGUGGCCACCUCUCCCACCCCUCAGCCCGGAGCCACGAUCCUACAGUGUGCGGCUCAGCCCGGAGACUCCCAGCAGCAGUACUACAUUCAGGGAGGGCAGGUGCUCAUCCAAGCCGCCACUGGAGACAUACCCGCCUACCAGCUGCGUUCGCCCAACUCGGGCCUGGCCCAGAGCAUCGUGAUGGCGGCGUCCCCGGGCAGCAUGCAGAGCCCGUCGUCACAGCACGCCGAAGAGAUCACCCGCAAGAGGGAGGUCCGGCUGAUGAAAAACAGGGAGGCAGCUCGUGAAUGCCGCAGGAAAAAGAAAGAGUACGUCAAAUGUCUGGAAAACCGCGUGGCUGUGUUGGAAAACCAAAACAAGACCCUGAUUGAAGAGCUGAAAGCACUGAAGGACAUUUACUGCCACAAAGCUGAGUAGCGGCGGCUGUUUGUGGUCACGGGCUGAAGACGGCGCCGCUUACAGACUGCUACAGCAAAACAAAACAAAACAAAAAAAACACAAAACAGAAAAGACUCUGGAACAAAAACUGCUUUGACCGUCUUUGUUUCUCUGCUCACUCAGGCCUGGUUUACUCUGAAGCGUCCCGGGGAUAUUCGAACAGCUCGAGCUUGCCAGUUUUGCUCUUGUUCUUAUCUUGUGGUCUUUGCAUGUGAAGACUCAAGUGUCGUACACACUAUGCUUUGCUGUUGCUUUAUGUGCACGGGGAUGGGUUUGGGGAGGGGGGAGGCAACGCCAGCCAAUGAGAGCCAGCUUGAAGUAGGGGGAACAGGAAGAGGAAAUACAGGUGCUUCCUGAAAAUGUGUCGCUCGAGCGCAGAGAUUAUGACGAAUAAACCUGGGCAGGUCAGCCGGGUCUCGCUAACCAGCAAGUUUCUCUGAGGUCAGACGAGGUGCACACAAAGCUCCCGCAGAUCCACCACCAGCUGCAACCAGGCAACUCAGCCGUGUUUACCUGAUAAUGUCAUCCGUCGUCAUGUACGCCGCCCCGUUUUUCUCUUUUUGGUCGUUUCAUGCAUUCCUUCGUGCGAAAACACAAUUACGGAGAAGUAUCUCCAAAGGUUUCGUCAGUGAAGUGAUUUCCUGGAAUUCAUCAACUUGGUUUUUUUUUUCAGUUUGUAUAGAAGCUCUUGAUUUGGUCAUAAAAGGUUUUUCAAGAAAACAACGAGUGAACGAGAAGUUCAGGAUGAACGUUUUGGAAGUGUGUGUGUGCACAGAACUUUGAAAAUGUAUUUUAAGCCAUUGGAUAACGUCCAAAAAGAGCCUUUAUUUUUAACGACUUAAAGUUGAUUGUAGUGUUCAAAAAAAAAAAAAAAAAAAAAAGACGAGUAGUCGAAGCACAGAAAGAACCAAAGUGUGAAUAUUAUCAGAGUUUAUAUUCUAUUCUAUCUGCAGAGUUUCACUCCUCAAGUUUAUACACAGCAGAAAAGAGAAAACGCAUCCAUCAGCUCGUAGUCAAACAUGUUGGAAAAUGUUUACUGUCCUGAAAAACCUGCAUUCUGAAACCAACGUCCUCUGAAGAGAAUAACUGUUGUGCUUUACUGUCAUGCAAACGUCAGUUUUUGUUUUUCAAAUGAUGAAUAUCCACUGUGGUAUUAAAACUGUAUUUGAUUAUGGCUAGAUAUUAAAAUGCUCUGUUUAAAGGGUGAUGCCAAUUUUUCUUUUUCUCUCUCUCUUUUUUUUUUUUUUAAUGUAAUGACUUUUGAUUUGAAAGAUAAAACGUCAUCUUGUGUUAAUGUUUCUGGUGAUUUUUUGAAGAAAAAAAAAAAGCAACAACAACAAAAAAAACAACCGAACUGCUUGCUUCUUCUGUUGAUGUAGUUGCUGAGUUUUUGUUCCUCUGGAUAUAUUUUGUGAUUAGGAGAAGAUGUUAGAGAGAGCACGUGUUGGUGUAACAGACCACCUCUUAUGACUGCCAAAGCUCUUUAAGUGACACCCUCGGUGUUUAACUACUGUUUCGCUCUGUGACGACGCCAUGAGUCAUCCUGCGGCCGUCGUCUCGUGCGCCGGCCAGGUGACCCGUCAUGUUUCAUGUCCACAGACGAACGCUCGUCCUAUAAAAUUCAAAGUGAUGUCGAUAACAAACUUCAGGUUUCUUCUUUGAUAUCAGCUCAACUGAACUUCUCUGCAUGUAGUUUACUGCCGCCUCAGAACGGCUCCACCUCGUUCUCCUCUUGGUGUACUUCCUCGUUUUAGUUGUAAAAAACCCAAACUAUUUUUUUUUGUUUAUCUAAUAAAAUGUUGAAAUGUGA